AUGCCAAAUGAAAAUGAUGAAGAAAUUAAGAAGCUCGAAAUGGAGGAAAAACUUUUGGUUGAAGCUAUUAAAAUGGAGGAGAAAAAGAGAGAACAAAUAUUAUUGGAAGAAUCGAGUGAUGACAAUGAUGACGACGGAGACAGUAAACACGAAGAUGCGGACAAAUCUAAUUCUAAAUCAAAGACUGAAAAUUUGUAUGACAAAAUCGAACCGAUUUUCAACAAGAUUUAUGACAAGAAAAUUAAAAAUUCUGCGACAGUCCAACGACAAUACUCUGAUCAAUUACAUGACGUAGUACAACUAGACGAAGACUGUGAUUUUAGUAAUGGACGUGGACGUGGAUUCGGUGGUGGACGUGGAUUCGGUGGUAGACGUGGAUUCGGUGGUGGACGUGGACGUGGAUUCGGUAGACGUGGACGUGGAUUCGGUGGACGUGGACGUGGACGUGGGAAAGGAUUUCACCCAUACGGAAGAAAUCCAGUCAUAUACAACCAAUUUUAUUAUAAAUAA